GCACGGGAAAAGCUGCUGAACGCAGCUGUCAAAGCUUUCGUAGCAAAUUGCUCCCUCGGUCACAAUCGCAGUUUUUUCGAGACGACGACGAAGCAGUAACUGCGCGCUGGUCCUAACUUUUCGUUUGCAGUUUGCUAUUACAACACCGCUAGCAAGAUGGCUCUCAGCGAUGCCGAUGUCCAGAAACAGAUCAAGCACAUGAUGGCCUUCAUCGAGCAGGAGGCCAACGAGAAGGCGGAAGAGAUCGAUGCGAAAGCCGAGGAAGAGUUCAACAUCGAGAAGGGCCGCCUGGUGCAGCAGCAGCGCCUGAAGAUCAUGGAGUACUACGAAAAGAAGGAAAAGCAGGUCGAGCUGCAGAAGAAGAUCCAGUCUUCGAACAUGCUGAACCAGGCCCGCUUGAAGGUGCUGAAAGUGCGCGAGGACCAUGUAUCCAACGUGCUCGAUGAAUGCCGUCGUCGUCUCGGCGAAGUGACGAAGGAUCCCGCCCGCUACGGCGAGAUCCUGACUGCCCUCAUCACUCAGGGAUUGCUACAGCUGAUGGAGGCCAAGGUCCUCAUCCGUGGCCGUCAGGCGGACGCUCAGGUUAUCCAGAACGUACUGCCGGCCGCUGUAGAGCUGUACAAGUCCAAGUGCGGCCGUGACGUGGUGGUCACGCUCGAUACGGAAAAUUUCCUACCGGCCGACACGACUGGCGGAGUUGACCUGUUGGCACAGUCGGGACGCAUCAAGGUGGCCAACACUCUCGAGUCCCGAUUGGAGUUGAUUGCCCAGCAGUUGGUGCCGGAGAUCCGUAAUGCGCUGUUCGGUCGCAACAUGAACCGCAAGUUCAACGACUAAGAAGAGCACAAUCCUGGCUGAUGUGUGCUGCUCGCUGUGGUAGCAGAACGUAUGGCCGCCAUCAUCGCAACAACGCAACCCAGCGGCUGCGAUGAUGGAAGGCCCCACACCCACACCCAGAACGCACGUAAAAUCACCAUCCAUUCUUACAUAGAUAUCCUUGUUUCCGCAUGCAAAUAGCAGGUUCUAUAACCGUUACUUAUACUUACCCUGUCCGUCAGCAGCAAUCGCAGGAAGGUCGUUUAGCAUGGUUACUGUAACAUCGUAGUUGAAAGUUAAGCCUCACCCAUCCUUCGCUCUCCGAAGCGACCGUAGAAGCGAACGAUCGAAUGACCCCAACAUCUCCGCCCCCUUUUGCGCCCUAACAUCAUGCGUGUACGAAGGUGUUCUUUUCGCCCCUCCUGGAAGGGAAAAUACUUAAUAAUGGUUGAAUCUUGCGCAAAUUUUUCUAUGCUGAUGCCGAUACCAUCUAGGGCAUUACCAGCAUCUGUUCGGUCCAUCUUGAACAGCGAAAGAACCCACCCUCUUGCACUGGCAGCAAAGGGGGGCACAUUGGAUCGGGAAUACUGUCCCACAAUAAUUCCUCGUCUUCUUAACGGUCGGCCACUUUUCGGAAAGUGGGUGCACAGUGGCAAUUGUGUACCGGUACUUUCAAGUUAAACGCAAUUCACGUCCCUACUAGAAUACGUAUGUUUUGUUUUCUGUACGCACACACAGAUGCAAAACAUAUACAAUCACAAACGUUGAUGCAGAAUUAUAGGAUCUAAGUUUUAUCGGAAACACAUCGUUCGUGAAAAAAAAAAUUGUUGCUACAUAUUAUAAUUGUUUUUAAAUGAUGUUUUGUUUAUUUCCAUUUUCUUAUUAUCCCUGUUUAUCUGCGCACCACUUUAUCACGCCCACACACGCACUUUUUCGCUUGGUAAUGGUUUAUUACGAGGUAGAACUCACACUUUCACAAUGUACGAUUGUUCGCUGUGAAUGGUGCAGUUCCGGAAAUGUCGUAGGUGUCGCAGUAUUUUUGAUCUAUCGUAUGUAUGUUGCAAAUAAUGUCCCUACAAAAAUAUGAUAAUAUUUUUCCAUCGUAAGCUUUUAAGUAAAUCCCACGUCUUUGCUCUAGCGACGUUUGUGUAGCGGGUGCUAUGAGAUGUAUACGUUGGCCAACGUUUCCUUCCUAUUUUUUUUUUGUCUUUCUUGGUGGCACACUUUAUUAGAAGAAGGCACGUAGGACAAGACUAUCCAAACCAUCAGCGAGCGUGUUUGCUAAAUACUGAAACAAAUCGUUAAAAUACAUUCCUUUAGAAAAGAUCAAUACUAAUAGCAGUAGCGGCACGAUUGUUUCAACAACACUCGAUUUCGGCAACCAACACACGGUAACAACAUCUUUCAGUGUGGCCUCUUUCGCUUUUCUUUCACGCCAGCCAAGUCACAUUUUCGGUAGAAAAAGUAAAAGUAAUUGUAAUGUAUGAUAUUGCUCCAUUACAAAGAAUACCAUCUAACAGGUCGUGGCCUGUGGUUCAAUCCGGUGCACUACAUACGUCUCCUUACCGCCAGCAUCUUGCUUUGCGAACACCAAAAUGUGGUUGAAGCUUUUGCUGAUCGUUCGAAGCAAUGGUAUGGAAAUCUGUGUAAUGAUCGUGUUGAACGCGGAAAAUCACGAUCCCAGGGAGCGUUAAAUGAAGUUAAUCGUUUUGUAAAGGUGUGCAUGCGUGUGCAGCCAACAUCCAUGUGAGUCUGUCGUAAAAGAACAAAAUAUAUAUAAGUGUGUCUUGAAGAAAACAUGUUAUGGAUUUGAUCUUUCUUUUUUUCAUUUAUUAAAAUCGAAGUAUUAUAAGCAAACGCUUUCUUCGCGUAAAUGUGUUGCCACCGGCUUUCUUACCGAAAGUAGUAAACCCGGCCAGCAUGAGAUCUUGGCCGUAAAAAGAGAAGGAAGGAUUCGUUUGGAAAGGGUGUACAUUCUCAUAACCACUACCGAGCUUAAGCGGGAUGUUAUUAAGAAAUAAACAAACUAUAUGUAUAUUGGAAGGAAAGUAGAACUUAAUAUAAAGGAAACAAGUAGGAGCAAUGAGAAAAAAUGAAACAAAAAAUCAACACAAAAAAAAACACAGAAAGUAUAUAUAUACAUAAUUAUAGGUAUGAAUAGAUAUUGUUGUAAACGACGAGUAAACGAAACUUAGUUAAUGCAGAAUCGCGCGUUUGAUCACUAGGAGAAACUUGAACACACGUAACAGGAAGCUCAUAAAACAACAACUUUAUGCAACAAAUGUAAUACAGCCAACUCUGGGGGGAGAGGAUGACUUAGGGGGUGGCAUUAGAAGACAAUGACAAAGCACAGCGUUCAAUACUGUACGAUAGAGCGAACAUCAGUAUGUAUGGUAUUCACAUCAACAAAUUCAGCUAUAUUCGCACCGAACGACCGAACGACCAGAAACGCCAGAUAUCUAGUUGAACGGUGAAGGGGAACACGGAAUAACCCACGACGAGAGGGUGCCCUGCAUGGCGCGGUUGCAAUAGAGAAGAUUCUUCUUCCUCUGUCCAACCAUUGCGGUGACCGGUCCCCGCUGGAUUCUUAUAUCCCGCUUCGUUUGAGCAGUGAAUUAUGUGCAAAAAACGUUCACAAUAAAUACACCACGGUAUGGGAUGUACGAUCCAAAAA